AUGGAGUCUACUCCUCUUCUUGAAAACAAGGAUAAAGAAGACAAGUCAAAACUUGGAAAUCUACUCAAAGCCAACCUUGUGUUUAUUGUUUUCCAUUUGGCAAUCAACAUUCGUAAUCCUCUGUUAACGCAAUACCUUUACAAGAGGUACUACGAUGAGGAGUUCGAUAACAGCACCGUAUUUUCCAAGACUCGGAACCAAACAUCCAAGUGUUACGUCAAUAAGUCGGAUCCAGGAUACCUGUUACAGGAAAAGGUUCAGGAUCUUACUUCCAACUGUCAGACAAUACUGACUGCCAUUGGAUACUCCGGAGCAGUAAUCAGCUGUAUGUUUCUGGGAGCAUAUUCUGAUUUCCUUGGUCGACGGUUCCUCUUUGUGGUACCAUUAAUCGGAGAGGUUCUGAAGUUUUGGUUGCUGACAGUUGUUAUUUACUGGAAUCUAGAUCUGAGGUACCUUUACAUUGGUGAGGUGUUUGAAGGAAUUACAGGGGGAUACAAUGGUGUGAUUCUGGCUAGCUAUGCCUACACGGCUGACAACACACCACCUAAGAAUUCCCGGACACUUGGCAUCGCUGUGAUAGAUUUCUCUGCCUACUUGGCGGCUGCGGUUUCUUCGGUCGUUACCGGAUUCUUCAUCAAAGACCUAGGUUACCUCUACCCGUCCAUAACUACGGCUUCACUCAUGCUUCUAGCACUAAUCCUUGUCGUUGUUCUUCUCCCUGAAACUAUCGACUCAGAUAGAAGAUCCCAAUACCCAUCUCCGGGGAAGGCAGCAGGAGCCUAUGUCCUUCACGGAUUCGCCAACACUGACCUCAUGCUCUUCAUGUUUCUUGUACCAAAUGGUAUUGCCGCCCCUCUGAUGCCAGCACUGCGAGCUAUCAUGUCGCGGACAGCUCCUGCUGAAAUGCAGGGUAAGUAG